AGUAAAUUCUACUGUCAGAUUAUCUUUGAAAUUAUGUGAAGUUGUGUCUUACUUGGAACGGAACCUGUGUUAGUAAAAGAAACAAUGAAUUCGGUGGAUUCUAAUCAUACAGAUGUGGCUGCUUUGAAUCCAGUUGACGUUUUCAUGUCAACACCCCUUGUACAAUGGAUUCACUUUCUCUUAAAUCGUGAGAUAGAAUUGGAGGAUUUGGUCGAUGGGGUUGCUCUUAAUGAGAUAAUGUUACAAAUUGAUCCACGACCAACAAACAUGAAAGCUAACCGAGGAGCAAGGAGUGAUGUAAAUUUAAACAUACAGAAUCUAACCAUGCUUUUAAAGCAUAUAAAGUCAUACUAUGAGGAAGUACAAAAGCAAGUGAUUGUGAUGUCAUUACCGAAAGUUCUACAGUUGGUUCAUAAUGUCCGGACACCAGAGGGACUUGCUGAAAUGCAGAAACUACUUUUACUUGUGUUGGGUUGUGCUGUACAGUGUGAUCAACGUGAAAGGUUUGUUGAAAAGAUGAAACAGUUAACGUAUGAAGGAAUGGAGACAAUGAUGAACCAUAUAAAAGAUAUCACAGAAAACACUGAUAAAGUUUUAAAUCUUCAAUGGGAAGAACUCGUUGAAAUACCACCUGAAGAUUUAGAAGAACUCACAAGGAAAAUGUCGUUGCAUAUUCGCUCACUUGUCUCUGAACGUGACAACCAAGCUAUGUUGAUUACUGACGUAACACAAGAACGGGAUUAUUUUCAAUCUCAAGCUGGAGGUGGAAACUUGAUUCGACGAGAAAGUCUUACAUCACCAGCUACAAGACAACAUCUCAUGGUUGAGCUGAAUGAUUUAAAAGCAAAGUUUCGGAAAGCCAAGCAAGAGUUGGACGAAAAAAUUGAACAAAAUAUUGAUCUUAAAGCAGAGAUUGAAGAAUUACAGACAAGUAUAAGAGAUAUAACACAGCAAAAAUCCAUCUUAGCAACUGAUGCGCGGGCAACUCGUGCGUUGCGUGAUGAGAAUGACAUCUUGAAAGAACGUGCAACAAAGGCAUCAAAACUUGAGUUCGAACUCGACAUCUUAAAAGAAAAAGUUAAAGAUGUUGACUUUUAUAAACAUCGAGUUGAUGAACUUCGAGAUGACAACAAAAUUCUACACGAGACCAAAACAUUGGUUGAGGAACAACUUGAAGAAACUCGCACAAGACUUGAUGGUUUGAUGGAAUCAGAGAAACGAAUUGUUGAACUCAAGCGUCAGUUGCAUGAGAUGACACAGGAGCGUGAAAAUGACCAAUGUCGUAUCCAAAGUUUAACUGAAAUAGUUUCAAAUUUGGAAUUUGAUAAAAUGCAAAGUAUGAACGAAUCUGGUAACCUUGCUUAUCAACUCGAACAAGCGCGUGGAAAUAUGGAUGGUGGUAGGAUGUCAAUAUUAGAUGAAUCUCAAGAAUCCGCUCAUAAUCGAGCACUGAGACUUGAAAAAGAAAACAAAAGAUUACAAGCGCUCAUAUCCAAACAUAAAGAUGAAUCGAAGACAAGUGAAAUAACGCAGGCAAGUUUACUUGAGUUAGAGAAGGAAAACCAACGUCUAAGCAACAGAGUACAACAGUUACAAGAACACAUUAAUAAGGAGAAACAAUCAGUGUUAGACUUUGAACAACUGUCUACGGACCUUACUGCAGACAGACAGCGCCUGGAAGGCUUGUUGGAAACUUCUCGUGCUUCGUCUGAUCGUCGUGUCCAGGAGAUGGAGCAAGAGAACAAUCACUUGGUGAAAACAAUUGAAUCACUUCGAGAGCGCGCCAAGAUUGGAGCAAAUGAAAAAGUAAAAGCAAUUGAAAAAGAAAAACAAGGUAAAAAAAGAAAACAAGGUGAAUUUUCAAAUGCAAAUUUCUCUGUACUGUCUGAGUUGGUCCAAGAUAUAACAACAAAACAUCAUAAGUUGGAGUACGAGACAAAAAGAUUAAAUGAGAAAAUACACGAUAUGGAAGACACUGUUCAGCAAGCUAAGGAAAUAAACAAGGAAAAUAUGAAAUUGGAAAAACAAAAUGUUGAUUUGGAGAAAACGGUAAAACAGCUUGAAUUAACAUGCAGUAGGAUGGACACGGUUGAACAAUUAGCAUCGGACCUGGAAGUGGAAAACAGGCAAUUGAAGGCUCAAGUGCAAAGUUUAAAACAACUAACGCACCAACUACAACAACUGGAAGAUGAUAAAACCUCAAAUGAGAUGGAGAUUACUCGUCUUAAGAGACAGGUUGAAUCUUUGAAGAAAACUUGUCAAAAGAUGGCGAAUCUUGAGCAAGAUAAACUUGAAGCAGAAAAGAACGCAAUGAGAUUUCAACAAUCACUUGAAACAAUGAAAGCUGCCAUGAAAAACUCUGAAAAAAUGGAGGUUGUGCAAAUGGAGUUAGAAAGUGAAUUGGAACGAGUGAGGUCACAACUCGAAGUUCACAAAGAGAGGUUGGUCAUUCGGGAAAAAGAAAUAAAUGAGAUCGAAGUUGAAAAUGAGGAGUUGCACACCAAAGUCAAUCACUUGGUGGUGUCCAACAAACGAUUGGAGAGUCUUGAAUCGGAAAAUAAUCAACUUGAAGCGGAAAACACGCGUUUAGUCUCAACAAAUAAAAGGUUGACAAAUGAAGUGCAAAGAGUUAAGAAUGUGGUUGAGAUAAAAACAACCGAGUUUGAAGAAUCCUUGGAAAAAAUUACAAAUCUGACGCGUCAUAAUAAAGUGCUGUGUGCUGAAACUGAGGAGUUACGAGUCACGGUGACUCGGCUAAAUAAUACGGAAGUUGAACUAAAGAAGUUACAAACACAACAAGCAAUUGAAAAACGAACGCUGACUCAGCUUAGAGAAGAUCUAGUAAGCGAAAAAUUGACGAGUCAGCAAAGAUUGACCCAACUUGAAAGCUUAAAUACGGAGUUGCAAAAGAUUGGUAUCAGUCAAGAUGAAUUACAAAACCUUGACACUGCCGACAAUGAUAAGCGUUUUAAAGCCCUCGAAUCAAAACUGGAUUCAACCUUGAAAAAAUCACUUCAAGCAAAAGAAGAAAAAAUCGAGUCUUUAGAAGCGAGAUUAAAAGAGUCGGUUAACCUCAAUAACAAACUACGAUCUGAUAUCAAGGGUUUAAAACGUGAUUAUGAGUCGAUGUCGCAACGACUGCAGGAAGAGAUGGUUGUAGUGGAUGGUAACCAACCAAAAGGUGGCAGCAGAGGGUCAAGUGGGGGAGAAAUAUUUAAAAUUAAGGAUCAUCUCAUCAGUGUUGAACGAAAGAAUGCUACAUUAUUAGCGGAUAAUGCUGCUAUGAAAUCAUCAUCGCAAGAUUUACAAUCUCACGUCAAAUCACUUCAAUCUCAAGUUUCAAAUCUUCACAAACAACAAGAUAGAUUACAAGAGAGCAAUGACAGCUUGCAAAAACAAUAUGCAAAGCUGCAGGUUGAAAAUUCCACACUUCAGUCCAAAUGUACAUCACUCAUACAGCAGAAUGCAGUUGCUUCAUCCGCUCAAAAUAAUGUGGAAUCCACAAAAGCUGAGCUCAAUCGAAAGCUCAUGCUUAUUACUAAAGAAAAACAACAACUUGAAAAAGAUAACGAUGAUUUAACUGUGUUGCACGAGCGCCAGACGAUGGAGCUAGAGGGAGUAAUGCAAGAUCAUCAGAAAUUAAAACAACUUUGUCAACAACUCCGUAAUGAUAACAAGGACCUUGAGGCCAAGUACAAUGAAUCACUGAUGAGAAGUAAACAAGAUCUUAAUUUAAGAAAAAGUGAAACUUCACUUACAUCACAAGAUUUAGAAGCAUUGAAAGAAGCUCAUGACAAGUUAAACAAAUCGUACAAGAAUGUAUAUGCUGAGUAUGAAGAUUUACAAUCGGACCACUCAACAUUAAAGACAGCGCACAACAGAAUGAAGAUUGAAUAUGCAAAGUUAGAAGCUGAAACAACAGAUAUUAAAGACCAUAACCAACAGUUGGACAUUGCGACAGCGAAAUUAUCCAAUCGUUGUGAAGUCCUGAUGCAGUUGAAGGGAAAUCUUGAAGAUGAAAAUCGACAUCUGCUCGAACAAAUCAGUCGACUCAUGUCACAAAAUGAAGAACUUUUAUCACAAGCAUUGGAGGGAAAAGAUCAGAUUUAUAGCGAGCAGAAACAAUACAAUGAACGAAUGCAAGAGAUACGAAGACAGAAAGAAAAAUUAGAAGAAAAGAUAAUGGAUUUGUAUCGUGCACCCGGUCAUUCACCUGCAAAGCGCAAAGGAUUUGGCACAACGAUUAAGAAAAAGUUUCAAAGUCUUGGUAAAAACAACGAUGCACGACGGCGUAAAGAUGGUUUGCCACCUUCAACAUCGGCAACAACUUUAACUCAUUAUGACUCAGCAAAACUAGCGUCGGACACGACCUCAGAAACUGCUUUGUCAUCGUCCGCCAGUGCUGCUCAGCAUGACUCAGCAUCAGUUGGUUCAAAUGAGUGGGCAGAAGACACUCGACGAGAUUCUGCAACGUCGAAAACUCGCCAAAUGAAACGUAAUAUGAGUUUAUUUAAUCACCUGAGGCGUAUCUACCCUGCUCAAAACAAAGGAUCUUAUUCAUUUGAUGGCAAAACAUCUGGUGAAUCAAAAGAAACAAAACGUCGAUCAAAACUUGGUCAGAUGGCUUAUUCAACGAAUGCAAUCAAUCAACUAAGUGUUGCACCACCUACUCAAACUACAGACUUAAGAACAAGCAAUUCUUCCAUCAAAAUUGCUCAAAAUCGUGCGUCAUCAUUUUCACAUCAGAAGCCCCUCACUAGUUCUACUGGGGAUCUCUCCCUUCCAGCAAAACCAGAGAAAGAAAGCCCUCAUGCUCCAAGGAGAGUGAACCUUGAUCUUUCACAUAAUGGAGAGAAAAUUUCUUUGAAGCAAUUUCUAAAAGAAGAUUCAACAAAACACCAGGGAAAGCCCGUCCCUUAUAAACGAUCACCUGACAAGCAGCGGCCAAUCAGAGCAGCGAGUUGGACGACACCUCGUCGUAACAAAUCCCCAUCGUGGUUUGAGGAUGAACACACCCCACCUGCACCCAACAACAAACGACCCCCUUCGCUUGAUCUUACCUCGCUCGUUGAAACUCCCGAGAAGUCAAGUUUGAGUGUAAGCCUAAAGAAAAGUCCGCGGACCCCAAACUCACCCACAAAGAGUCCAACAAGCCUUGCUGUUAUCAAAGUUCAAGAGAAAGAAGACAUGAGUGAGAAUGAAAAAAGGAAUUUAAAAAAAGAAACCAUGGUGUUCGUGGUUCGAUCACACAGCGAUAUUGGGAAGGCAAAAACCGGAGAUUCUUCGUCAGUUGUUCUUCGUUCGAAUGUCUCCCCUCGGCAGCGACCAAUGAGCAUGAACGUCAAACCUGAAAGUCCCAGUGGUUCCAUGUCAGCAGUGCAGAGGCUCGAUACUUUAGUAGGAAGUCCAUCCUCAGGACCCCAUGCUGUUCCACGCCCUGCUCCCAGGUCAUCACCCAACGAUACCACCUUCCGAUCCUUCCCCGGCAACGUUACACUUCGCUCUCGUGCAUCUGGAACCACCACGAACCAACAGCGACGACCAACCUCGGCCUACUCACCCUUCAGUAGUAAUUCGAGGGCGAUAAUGUCCAACGAGAUAUUUUCCCGUGAAUUGACGUCUACACCAAUUUCCUCAAAGACGGUUGAUGGCCCAAGCGUAAGUCCGAUAAUAUCCGAAAAUUCCCAAACACCGAAGAGACGUGAUGUACCUCCACCAGACACACCUUCAGCACCAAGCCCGAUAAGACGGGACGUCCCACCUGAUAUGCCCGUUCAACCAAGGAGACCAAGAUCCGUGGUUCCACCAUCUCCCACAGACCAGGUUCGAUCCCAGCCACGACCCGCAACACCAAAGAGAACGACUCCUGAAGAGAAUGAACAGAGUACGUUGUGGUACGAAUAUGGCUGCGUUUAAACAUUGCACUGUUUUUGUUCCUUUUAACUAACAUCAACAAUUUCUUGAUUGUGAAAACGUAUUAUGUUACUAAGUAGAGAAUUUUAUUUUUUAUACAGUAAAUAUUCUAAUUAGUUGCACUGUCCGAUCACCCAUCACUAUUUCUGAUGAUCAGUGACUAUUUGAUGUUGAUUUUUAAAUUAAAGCCAAAUGGUUGGUCUUCCUCAUUCCAGUUACACAAUCACACCGAUUGCCUUUUCCCACCAAGCAUACGCCUUUAACUGUGAAUUCACUGUUCAAUUGUAGUGCCUUUUACGCGUUUUAACCAUGUUUUCAAUCAAGUAUGAAUGAAAUUGUAUAUACUUACGACCCAUUUUUGCGUAGUACAGUGGAUCUGUUUUGUAUUUGAUCCAAUAUUCUAGUGUUCCACAUAUGUUACGGUGAUUGCUCUAAUUCUCACUGUGGCUUUGAGUCGGUUACCGUAGAAAUUAUCGUGUUAAUUCUUUACAACAAGAGCAUGAAAUGAGUUGUGCCUUCGUUACUACAUCAGGAAUUAAAAUAAACGUAGAUGGCGCGUG